AUGCCCGCCGUUCAGACCGCACGCGAGGGCGCACUCGCACGAGCGCGCUCGUCAUCGCGCCUUUCGGUCUCGCGUGAGUCGGAGGCCACGCCUACGAGCGAGAGGCUGGACACCGACUUGGACUACGAGGCGGCUCUCUCGCGGCUCAAGGCAAGCUCGGCGCAGCAGGUGGCAGCACGGACACACUGGUCGCGGAUGCCCUCGGCAGACGAGAUGCUGGUGAAGCAGCACCUCGAGAAGUCCUCCCAAGGCAGCCGCCAACCGCUCGGCGUCAACUGCGCCGUCGAGGGCACCGUGGAUGACAUCCCAACGCCACCGCUGCCGCCACCGACUGCCAGCGAGGAGCAGAGCCAGCCACCUCCAGAGCCGCCGUCUGCCAGCGAGACGGAGAGCCAGCCGGCGGAGACCCUGGUCGCGGCUGCUUCAACACCAGAGGCGCGACGCUCUCAGCUAUCGUCAGAAGCACGGUAUUCGCAGCCAUCGCCCGCGUCAUCUGGGGGCGGAGCCGGCAAGAAGUCGGUCGAUCUGGUCAUUGGCGGUGGAGCAACUCGCUCCCCAAGAAGGGCGGAGUAUGGUGCCGCCAACCGCGGUCUGAUCGAUAGCUUCGAGAAGAGCGGGGUUGGCAUGGCGAUGCCAAGCCAGGCCUUCUCGCCCGGAGCCUACUCUUACAUCCGCGCUAACUCAGCCUCGAACCCCUCCGGCAUCUCGUCGUCUACUCCCUCUUGCGACUCGAGUUGGCUGGCGUCCCCCAGCAACAGCAUGACCUCCUCGCCACGCUUUGAGUCGGCUGUGAACUACCCGUCUCCGGCCGAGCCUUCGACGCCCAAGGGCAUGGGCGAGGUGUUGAACGCCUCAAUCUCGAUCAAGGACAACCCCUUCUUUGUCAAGGCAAAGUCGUCGUCGACGGUCGCGCCCAAGCCCAACCCCAGUGGGCCUGACACGUUGCAGAAGAAGUAUGCGCCGACGACGCCCAGCAAGGCGACGGCGGGACCCUCCCAGGCCGCCGCGCCCUCCUGGCUGCGGUGCAUUCUGCCCUGCUGCUUGGCCAAGCCUGGUGCUAGGUGGGGGAUGGCGUCCCCUGCCGCUUGA